GGCGGGUAAGCAGGCGGUGGAGAGUUUGAAAUUGAAAGACAGCGCGCUGGAGGAGCAGCAGACGUAGAGCGGCGGGCUAGUUUUUGCCGGACCAGUCAGGUGGAGACGGCGGCGUUCCUGGCCGCUCAGGUCGGGAGCCGUUUGAAGGGUUGUGGGGCUUCGCCGGCCGCACGCCCGGGGUGAGGGAAGCCGACCUGGGCAUGUCGGCGUGGGUCCGCAGAGCCUGGAAUGCGGGCGUCCGCUGUUAGCCGCGGAGUUCGGGUCCCGGCGCUGCUCGGUCCCGAUCACCUCCCCUCUUCCGCCCUGCAGUGGGAGGAGCGAAUGGAGUAGGCGGCCAGGGGUCGGAUGCAGAAAACCUGCAAGUCUGUCUGUCCCCCAACCUCUUCCUCGGUCUCGUUGCCUGCGAGCAGGUCCUUUAGGAGACACCCGGGUCCUGUUAAAACAUGACUUGAAAGCUUCGUGCAACCUUGUUUUGGUUAUAUUCUUUCCUCUCCCCCACCUCCCUUCAUGCCUUCAGAACAGAUUGAUGCACAUCCACAACAGUUAAGCCCAAAUUGGCUUGGAUCAUCCUGUUGCUAACUACCGGACUUGUUUUAAACCAUAAUGGGUGAAGACGAACUGGCACUCUUAAAUCAAAGCAUCAAUGAAUUUGGGGAUAAGUUCAGAAACAGACUCGAUGAUAAUCGUAGUCAAGUGCUGGGACUCAGAGACGCCUUCAAAGACUCCAUGAAAGCGUUUUCAGAAAAGAUGUCUUUGAAAUUAAAGGAAGAAGAAAGGAUGGCUGAGAUGAUUUUGGAAUAUAAAAACCAGCUCUGUAAGCAGAAUGAGCUCAUUCAAGAAAAGAAAGAGAAUGUGUUAAAGAUGAUUGCUGAAGUAAAAGGCAAAGAGCAAGAGUCGGAAGAGCUGACGGCUAAAAUCCAGGAUCUCAAAGAAGAGUACGCUAGGAAGAAGGAAGCCAUUUCCACUGCUAACAAAGCUAAUGAAGAGAGAUUGAAAGGACUGCAGAAAUCAGCGGAUUUGUAUAGAGAUUACCUUGGACUAGAAAUUAGAAAGAUUCAUGGUAAUAAAUUGCAGUUUAUAUUUACUAGUAUUGACCCUAAGAAUCCUGAGAGCCCAUAUAUGUUUUCCAUGAGCAUAAAUGAAGCUAAGGAAUAUGAAGUGUAUGACAGUUCGCCUCAUCUUGAGUGCCUAGCAGAAUUUCAGGAGAAAGUCAGGAAGACCAACAAUUUUUCAGCCUUUCUUGCCAAUGUUCGGAAGGCUUUUAUAGCUAAGGUUCAUAAUUGAUAUAGGUUUGUUCUUUGUUACUGUAUAUAUCCAGAGGAAUUCUCAUCUCUUGUCCCUGUCAUUUUUCUCUAUUUUUGUGUGGUAUUAAAGAAACUAGAAUAUAUCAUCCCAAACCAUGCCUCUUUGAGGUAACAUUUGUGAGCUGAAAACAGUUAAGCAGCAGCAGAGUUAGAAAACCUUUGCCCUCCCCCAGUCUACCUAAACAUGGGACCUAGAUGAUAGAGGUAUCUAGCUCUGUACCCACAAAGAUAGAAGUUAGUCGCUUACCACUGCAGACGUGGCACCAGAGGAAUUGACAAGCCUUGCUUCAUUAAUUUAUUCCUGUAAAUAUAUUCUUCAUAAUUCCCCAUCUGUGGAAGUCAAAAGACAAAUCUGCUGUCUGUCUUACAUGUUGUAAAAUCCUACUGUUCUCUGUUGAAGAUGCUGUGUAAACCUGACUAGGCCACUGUUUGGGGUUCUCCUGUAUUGUAUGCUCUGCAUGUGUUAAUAAACUUGCGUGGUGUCUCCCA